AUGAGUCAUGAUCAUGGGUCUGAUGGACCUGGUUCUGGAAAUAAUGAAGAUUUAUCACACGGUUUACAAAUAAAUUCAAUUUACUGGGAAACGGGACAUAGAACAUAUUUACCGUUCUGGGCAGGACUCAUAAAGAAGUUUAGUCCCAAGAUAAUUGACGACAAGCUGAGAUUACUUUUGGGAGAAACGAGACCUGUGUCACACGAACCGUUUGUAUUUUAUGGAGAUUCUGGAUAUUUCAGAAGUUACUACGGAGAUCCAGAUGUAAAUGUUGUUUUCCCAAUCAAAAAAAGAACCAAUUUCUGUUUUUCGCCAACAGGUAAAUCAAGUUUGUCUGAACUUGAACAUAAAUAUAAUAAAUACGGAAGAGCUAAACCAAAUAAAAGGAAUAAUAUAGAAAGGAGGCGUUCAACCUUUAGUAAUGAAAGCGAACAGCCCCAAGAAUCUGAUUCUGCCCUAACAGAAGAUGAUUUGAAUACUAUUAAUGAAUUCCUGACUGACCUUAGAUCUGGAGUUUACGGAGUAGAGAAUAAAGAAGAUCUUGAAAAAUUGGAAAAACAAAAUGAGAGAAAUCCCUGUGAAAAUAAUUUAGACCUUAAGGAAGUUCUUAGCGAAAAAAAUGAAAAACUUGAAAAUCAAAUGAGGAAAAUUUUUGACAUUUCAAAUCUACCAACUUCUGAAAAUAACAAUAUUGACUGGGAAAAUUUGGAAAAUCAGAUUUCAGAAGGUAAGAAGGAAUUAGAUAUAGAAGAGUUGAAGACAGUGGUUCACUCCAUUUACCGAGAAAGUGGAUUAUUAUCUGAACCCUUCAAAGUUUUGGAAACAUCAGAACUAAAGCUCAAGUGGAGACAAUCAUUAACCAAUAUCGAAAUAUUCUUCACAGUAGAUAAGUCCACUAAAAAGAAGGACUACGAAAUCAAGUUUCUCCCAUCCACUCUUACCAUUAAAAACCAAGAAAAGAUUCUACUUCAUAAAACCUUGUUUGGGAAAGUCGACUGUGAUGGAUGUUUUUGGACCAUGUACAAGGACCCAACCUCCGGAACUAAGUAUGUUAACAUUAACCUAAGAAAGCGUCCACCGAAGUUUAAUAACAUGUGGGAAAACAUUUUCGAAAUUUUUGCAAGCUCAAUGUUGUUGACUGACCUUCUAAGAUUCCUGUUCAAUGUUUUAAAAUUCUUAUUAGCAAUAUCGCCUCUCCUACUCAUCGUGCUAAUAUUCGUUAAAAACAAAAACCCUAAACCUAAACAUCCAGGAAAAGCACUCGAUAGUGAUGACGAAGACUUCUACGAUGAUAAAAAGGAUGACUAA